ACAUACUUGGCAAUUUUCUUCGGAGAGAUUAACUUGAAAUAUAGAUGAUGAAACGGAGAUGAUUGUACGAUCGACUCUCUCUCUGGGCACUUGGAAUAAAAAUCGCCGACAUCGUAAAGGCAACAUUGGCGCGUAAUAGUAAUUGUACAUAGCACUCACAUUACGUUCAACAUUUUAUAAAACGCUUUUGAUAACUUCUCACAAACGAAGAAAUCAGUUUUAACACAAUAAUUGUGAAAAAUGGGAGCACGAUUUAAAUCUGCGAAUCCAUCACGACGCGUUCCAUGACUGAUCGCGAUUCGAAAUCUAUCGAAGAUAUUGCGAUUCUCGAAGUAUCGCAAUGGCGGCAAAUUUGAAAUAUCGAAAUAUAUAAUUGCUAUUCGUUUUAAUGGCAUUUUUACUUUUUUUGCCAUAACACACACGAUAAUAUAAAAUGUACUCGGUUAUACAUAAAAUAUAAUAUUUUUCUCUCUCUCGAUCAUUUUCGAAUUUUAAUCGUUGUGACAAAUAUACAUGAGAGCGGGCAGGAAAUGUACAUAUUUUACUAUAGGUUAUGAAGAAAUCGUUGGAUAAUCUUUAAUAAUGCGUAUCCCACACACACAGUUCUUUUAUAUUUUUCUGAAAUUUACUUAUACACGAUUGCGAUAAUUAUCGAGCGCAAUUAAUUAUUCCACAAUUGUUAAGAUUACUUAUUCUAAACUUUCUUAAAUUAAUAAAUCAUUCACGCGCGUAUUUGCCUUCAUGCAACGGAUAGUCAUAUAUCAGUCUCGCGAUAACGUGUAACACUGAUAAACUGCUAAAAUUAACUUAUAGGCGUUAUAUCUCUCUAUUAAGUGGAAUCUCGUCGAGUUAAUUAGUGACACUGUCACAGAAUUCGAAUUGAAUUUACGAAAUGAGCACCAAUUCCGAGUGCACGAUUUUAGUAACGGGUUUUGGUCCCUUUGAUAAAUACGUGGUGAACGCCAGUUGGGAAUCGGUGAAGGAAUUGCAAAAAUUAUGGGUAGACUCCAAAGAAUUUCCUAACAUUAAACUGAUUGCAAAAGAAAUUCUAGUAUCGUACAGUUAUGUAUCCACUCAGAUUCCUCAGCUUUGGAAAAAACAUAAUCCUACAAUUGUCCUACAUGUGGGUGUAUCAUGCCAAGCUGAAUCUUUAACAAUAGAGUGUCAUGCUUGCAGCAAUGGCUAUAAUAGAUUUGACAUAGACAGCAAGUGCCCUGAUGAAGCAAGUAUUGAAUGUAAUGUCUUGGAAACGAGUAUAGAUGUCAAGGAACUUUGUGAUAAUGUGAAUAAAAAUUAUGAGAAACAUAAGUGUAAAGCUUGCUUCUCACACAAUGCUGGCAGAUAUCUGUGCGAAUAUAUAUAUUAUCAAUCUCUCGCUAUUGAACCAACAAAAACUCUAUUUGUACAUGUUCCAGACUUUGACAAGUAUUCUAGUAUACAAACUGCUAAAGGCUUGUAUGAUAUUUUAUGUUAUUUAAUAAAAAAUUUAAAAUAUAGCUAGUAAUCUUAAUCUAAU